CCCUCGUACCGACACGUACUGUGGGUUCAGUUGGCAUUCCUCCCGUACACCACUGUCCUGUACAUCAUUUGGUACUUCCGGUGGAUCUGGAGAUUCAAUUUCAACAAAGAGGAGUUCGGCGACGAAGAGAAGCAGUAUAUCAUAAGGAAAUUCAUGGGUUUAUCUCAACUGCAAUGGGAAGCCCUGACCGAAGAGGAGGUCGGGGAGUAUAUGGAGGACGAGCUGUGGAUCAAAGAGAACUUCGAUGUCUGGAAGCGCAACAAAGACUACGAGACGAAGGCUCAGUUGGCCGAGAGUUCCAGUUAUAAGCGGUAUCGACGCUAUAUGAGGAAAGGAGGUCCCGGACAGAUGACAUUCCUCGAGGACUAA